UCAAUUUUGACAUUUCUUUUCUCCAAGAAAAAUAAAACAAAAUAUUGGAAACUAAUUUCUCUAAUAGAAAAUAUCUUUAACUCUUAACGAAUGUAAAAUGGUAAGCUGCGCCGUUGCUAACUGCAAAAAUACUUCAGUUAAAAUUACGAAACACACAAACGGGAUUACGUUUCAUAGGUUUCCUCGUGAUAAAAAGCGUCGUCGUCAAUGGGAAGUGGCCGUGGACCGGGAGAACUGGUCCGCCACGGCCUCGAGCGCAGUGUGUUCAGAACAUUUUGACUCGAAAAACUUCUAUGUGACUGACUCCGGGCUGCGUCGGCUGUCGGUUGAGGCGGUGCCUGUUAUUAAUAUCUCUAUAUGCCAACCAAGAGCUCAAACGGUAACAGAGCUACAGCCAGCCGACAUCAGUCCCACCGAUUCCGAUGAAGUUAUCAAACUAAAGUACAAACUACGAAGAUUAGAAAUAGUCUCUUCUAACAGAAAACGAAGAAUAUAUGAGCUAUGGAAGAGCAACAAAAAAUUUAAAAAGAAACUACAACAAAUGAAAACUGUUAUCAAACAUUUAAUACAAAAUAAGAAAGAAACAGAGAAAUUAGAUAUAGAUUUGCGAAAUACUAGUCCAGAUUUAGAAAGUGUUGACAUACGGAAUAUAGAUAUGCCGAAUGUUGAAAUGCAGAACUGUAUGUUUCACGAAUCGGAAAAUAAAUGAGAUAAAAUAUUAUUUAGCAUCUUUAAGCCAAAUUGUGAGCUACAGUUAGUAUCAAUAGUAGUAUAUGAAACGACACGCCAAAAGUAUCUGCCACCCUCGAAAACAUUUUAAAAAUAGAGAUAAAUACAUUGUACUUAUUGGUGCUGUGAAGAGAGGUAUGGGCAUUGUGAAUGUCAUCUCGCUUUGUGUGGUAGGGCACAGCCGGUGGAUGUCAUUCCAGAUCUAGAGCAGAGCCCAACUGGGGAAGUACCUCCACCUUACAGAAAACAGCAGCCAAAUAACACUAGACCCUACUCAUAGUGUUGUGUUCCUGCCGGUGAGUAAGGUUGCCAGAGCUCAACGAGGGGGGUCGGGUUUGGGGUCGGCAACGCGCAUGUGACUCCUCUGGAGUUGCGGGCGUACAUAGGCUACGGAGACUGCUUACCAUCAGGCGGGCCGUAUGCUUGUUUGCCACCGAGGUAGUAUAUAAAAAUAAAAAAAAAGAAUUUGAAAUAGAGGUGGAUUGUCAAAGAAGAUGUUGUAGCCACAGUAAAUUUACUGCUAUCUUUCAACAUAUGAUUAAAACUUUUAAAAUGCAAUUUGUUUUUGAUCCUUAUUCUUUCACUGAUGUGUUUAAUUUGUUAAAUAUCAAAAAGUGGCGCCAUCUAAUUGACCAAAGGCCAAAGUAAUGGCGGCAUCGUUUCGAGCGAUGGGCGCCACAACCUUUAGCCGAUGUCUGGUAAAAUGGUGCCACUUUUUGAUAUUUAACAAAUUUAACACAUAUCAGUGAAGGAAUAAGGAUCAAAGUCAAAUGGCGUUCUAAAAGUUUUAAUCAUGUGUCGAAAGAUGGCAGUAAAUUUACUGUGGCUACAAAAUUUUCUUUGACAAUUCAACUCUAUUUCAAAUUCUCUUUGGUGGUAGGGCACAGCACAGCAGAUGUCAUUUCAGAUCUAGAGCAUAACCCAACAGGGGAAGUAUGUACCUCCAUCUUACAGAAAACCGCAGCCAAAUAAGUGUUUCUGCCGGUGAGUAAGGUUGCCUGAGCUCAACGAGGGUGCGGGGUGUUAGGGUCAGCAACGCGCAUGUGACACCUCUGCAGUUGCAGGUGUCUAUAGGCUAUGACCUCUUAUCAUCAGGCGGGCCGUAUGCUUGUUUGCUACGGACGUAGUAUAAAAAAAACUAUAGGUCUAAUGUAUGAUACAGUCUAGUUAUCCUACAGACAUUUCGUUUUGCUGUUAGAGAAGGGUACAAUGAAAAGAUUGAAUUUGUGACCCAUUUCGUACCUUGUCACAGUGACAAACAACAUGAAAGUCGCUAGAGACCUCACACUAUUGUCACUGACAAUGACAAGGUACAGUCAGCGUCAAAUACUUCGUAGCGGUCAAAGUGGCCAAAUAGUUCGGUACACCAUACUAAAUAUAUGGUGUACCGAACUAUUUGGCUACUUUGACUGCUACGAAGUAUUUGACGCUGACUGUACCUACUAAAUGGGUCACAAAUUAAAUCUUUUGACUGUACUUUUGAUGCCUAAUCCAUAACCACAAUGCUAACUAUAGGUACGGUCACGUCUGAAAAUAUCGGUACGGACAAAGUGCCAAAAAUAUGUAUAUACUACCUUAAUGUAUGGGCAAUAAGGUCGUGUAUACAUAUUUUUGGCACUUUUUCCGUCUCGAUAUUUUCAGACUGUACAACUGUGAAGUCUCUAUUUUACGCAGUGUUCUGGUCGGGGUAAUAGGACUAGUUGUGCUGUUCGAGAGUGAAUGAGCUCCGUAAACUAUUCUCGAGCGAGAACAUUCCCCAUACAAAACUGAGAACUUUCUUGAGAAUGGCACAACUAUAAUUUAGGACUAAUUGCGCUUAGCACAUUGGAUCCAAUUUGCACGUCGCUCCGACAAGCGAACGGGAUGUCGCUAUGAUAUGCGCAUAGUGUAUCUCGCUCAAGCAUCUGAUCGACGUGCGAAUCCAGUGUGCUGCGAUGGCGCACAUGAUGACUAUGGAGUCAGAUUAAACUUUUUGGUGAUGCUUUCCUAGAAUCCAUAAUUUAAAAAAUUGGGACAACUGCCUGAAGAUUAUUUUCACAAAACGGCACGGAAUCUAAUCUUCAUCUAUUUAUAAAAAAUUACCUUAUGUGACAGUUUCCAAUAUUUACCUACCGUAAAAAUAGGUGAUUGUGGUGGUCAAGUUAUGGUUCUAAUACGCACGUGUGAUUUUGUAAAUGUAAUUAAAUAAUUAUUUCAUGAAACUAUUUAAGUCAAAAUAUUUUCUAAGUCCAUAGAGUAUCUAACUAAGUUCAAAGUAGUAUAAAUCUGCAAUAUAAUAAAUAAACAAUAAGUAUCUUCUUCUUCCUCGCGUUGUCCCGGCAUUUUGCCACGGCUCAUGGGAGCCUGGGGUCCGCUGACAACUAAUCCCAAGAUUUGGCGUAGGCACUAGUUUUUACGAAGGCGACUGCCAUCUGCCCUUCCAACCCAGAGGGUAAACUAGGCCUUGUUGGGAUUAGUCCGGUUUCCUCACGAUGUUUUCCUUCACCGAAAAGCGACUGGUAAAUAUCAAAUGAUAUCUCGUACAUAAGUUCCGAAAAACUCAUUGGUACGAGCCGGGGGUUGAACCCGCGACCUCCGGAUUGCAAGUCGCACGCUCUUACCGCUAGGCCACCAGCGCUUCAAAUAAAAUAUACAAUAAGUAUAUAAAAAUAACCAAUAAGUAUAUAUUUUUUAUAUUCCUGAAUAAAGUGUUCAGUUUUCAAAAUUCA